AUGGCACUCCAAUGGGUGAAGCCGUGGAUCGCUCUGGUCUUCGUACUAUCUGCUGCACAUUCUGAGACUGUUAUGAUUCCAGACAUGACUUCCAUUGGGAGUCUAUAUGAUUCCAAACUGCAAAUCGUAUCAGCAGGAGCAAGUCCCACUCAUAACGGGCAGGUCUGCAGCACAUGGGGUAACUACCACUACAAAACCUACGAUGGAGACCUCUUCCAGCUGCCCUACACCUGUAACUACGUGCUGUCGUCGUUGUGUAAGAGCAGCAGUGGCUACGAGGCCUUUAACAUUCAGCUGCAGCGCGGGGAGGUAGAUGGGCUGCCAACCAUCACCAAGGUUUCUUUGAAGCUGGAUGGAACCUUCGUGGAGCUGGCCAACGGUAACGUCAGUGUCAACGGAUUACAGGUCACCAUACCGUUUGGUCAGUUUAAUUUCUUCAUUGAGAGGACCGUUUCCUAUGUGAAGAUCACAGCCAAGCUGGGGUUAGUCGUCAUGUGGAAUGAAGAUGAUUCCCUCUGGGUGGAGCUGGACUCAAAGUUCCAGAAUCAGACAUGUGGGCUGUGUGGAGACUUCAACGGAGUCCAGAACGAGUUCAAUAGGAAUGAUGAUUAUCUGAAGACAAUCGACUACGCUGAUAUUUGGAAGAUGAAUGGCCCAACAGAAACCUGUACAGAAAUCCCUGUUCACACUGAGCAGUGUGAAGACCAGACCAAACUUUGUGAGCAGCUUCUCACCAGUCUUGCCUUCAGUAGCUGUAAGGACCUGAUCGCCACAGACUCCUUCAUCAAGGCCUGUGCAGAAGACAUGUGUCACUGUGGCAACAGCAGCAGCAGCGGCGUCACCUGCGCCUGUCCCACCCUGUCAGAGUACUCCCGCCAGUGUGCUCACGCAGGGGGGAAACCCCAGGAGUGGAAGACCGACCAGUUCUGCUUGGAGACGUGUCCUUUAAGCAUGCAGUACCAGGAGUGUGGUAGUCCCUGCACUGAUACCUGCUCCAACCCAAAGAGGAACCAGCAUUGUGAGGAACACUGCACCGACGGAUGCUUCUGCCCUGCUGGAACCGUGUUUGAUGACAUCACUCAGACUGGCUGUGUAGCUGUGAACCAGUGCUCUUGUCUCCACAACGGACAAACUUACCAGCCUGGACAAUCAUUCUCAAGAACAUGCCAUGAAUGUACCUGUAUCCAAGGCCAGUGGAGUUGUAUGGAUCUAGAUUGCCCUGCUACCUGCUCCAUAGUGGGAGGUUCCCACAUCACCACCUACGAUGGGAAAGCCUACACCUUCCAUGGAGACUGCUCAUAUGUCCUGUCCAAGCAAACCAACGAGACUGCUUUCACAGUCCUGGGUGACAUAGUGAAAUGUGGGAAGACGGACAUUGAGACCUGCCUAAGAUCUGUAACCCUGGUGACUCCAGAGUCCACGAUGAUCGUCAUCGAGGCCAGUGGAAGGGUCUUUGUCAACAAGAUGUUUUCUCAGAUGCCGCUUUUCAUGGCUGAUGUAAGGAUCUUUCAGCCCUCUACGUUCUACAUCAUUGUGCAUACCUCUUAUGGGCUCCGUCUAGAGGUCCAGCUAACACCUAUAAUGCAGGUCUACAUCGUAGCUAGCAGUUCACACAAAGAAAAAACCCAGGGUCUUUGCGGAGACUUUAACGGUGUCCAAGCUGACGACUUCAGAACCAUCAAUGGACUCGUGGAAGGAACCGCUGUGACGUUUGCCGACACGUGGAAGACCAAAGCAAGCUGUCCUGAUGCGGCACAGAACUUUGAGAUGCCAUGCAGUCUGAGUGUAGAGAACGAGAGAUAUGCCAAGUACUGGUGCUCGAUGCUGUCAGAUCGUGAAGGAAUAUUUUCCCAAUGCCACACUGAGAUCAACCCAAAUUACUACAAGGAAAUCUGCCUAUAUGACAGUUGUAACUGUGAGAGGAGUGAGGAGUGCAUGUGUGCUGCGGUCUCCUCCUACGUCCAUGCAUGUGCUGCUGUAGACGUCCUGCUCAGUGGAUGGAGAAACACCACCUGUGGGAAGUACUCCACUAGCUGCCCUAACACGAUGGUCUAUGACUACACCAUGACCAGCUGUGACCGCACCUGUCGUUCACUGAGCCAGACAGACUUUACCUGCCAGUUAGACCAUGUGUCUGUGGACGGCUGUGGCUGUGCCGAGGGAACCUACCUGAACGACCAGGGAGAGUGUGUCCCUGCCUCACACUGCUCCUGCUACAAUGGAGGCACAGUAGUACCCCCUGGAGCGGUCACCAGGAUCUAUGGGGCUACUUGCUCUUGCAGACAAGGGAAAUUAAGCUGUACUGGAGAACCACACCAUUUAUCCUGUGAAGAACCAAUGGGUUUCUUCAACUGUUCUAGUGCAGGGCCCGGAGCCAAGGGCUCAGAGUGCCAGAAGAGCUGUCAAACACUAGACAGUCACUGUAUCAGUGCAGAGUGUGUGUCAGGCUGUGUAUGUCCUGAUGGUCUGCUGUCUGAUGGAAACGGAGGAUGCAUCAAGGAAGAUCUAUGUCCCUGUUCUCACAAUGGAGUCUAUUACCAACCUGGACAUGUGCUCAAAGUAGACUGCAAUACCUGCACUUGCGAAGGCAGAAAAUGGCAGUGUACCAAUAAGCAGUGUGAUGGGAUGUGUGCCAUAUAUGGAGAUGGGCAUUUCAUCACUUUUGAUGAGGAAAGGUUCACUUUCAAUGGAGAUUGUGAAUACAUUCUUACUCAGGACUACUGCAGCAACAAUCCAAACGGUACCUUUAGAGUGAUCACAGAGAACAUUCCCUGUGGAACCACCGGCACCACCUGUUCCAAGGCCAUCAAGCUCUUCUUGGGGAGCAAUGAGAUCAUACUAGCAGAUGAAUCUGUAAAAGUGAUCAAACAAGAGAACGGGGUUGACGUGCCAUACCAGGUCCACUCUAUCGGUCUCUAUGUUGUUGUUGAGGCUGAAAAUGGCCUGAUCCUCAUGUGGGACAAGAAGAAUAGCCUGUUCAUCAAACUCAGCUCUACCUUCCAGGGCCAAGUGUGUGGUCUGUGUGGAAACUACGACGGUAAUGGAAAGAACGACUUCACGUCCAGAAACCAGGAAGUGGUUGUUGAAGCUCUGGAGUUUGGGAACAGCUGGAAAGUGUCACCCAGUUGCCCCAACGCUGAUGUCAUAAAAAACCCAUGCACUUUAAGAUCAUACAGGCAGUCCUGGUCUCUGAAACGCUGCAGCAUCAUCACCAGUAACGUUUUCUCAGCCUGCCACUCACAGGUGGACCCCACGCCAUUCCAUGAUGCCUGUGUGAGGGACUCGUGUGCCUGUGACACUGGGGGAGACUGCGAGUGUUUCUGUACAGCUGUAGCAGCCUACGCCCAGGCCUGUAACGAGGCAGGGGCUUGUAUCAAGUGGAGAACACCAGAUAUCUGCCCUCUGUUCUGUGAUUUCUACAACCCUAUUGGUGAGUGUGAGUGGCAUUAUAAUCCGUGUGGAUACCCCUGUAUGAAGACCUGCAAGAAUCCCUCAGGAACAUGCUCCAGUCAGAUCCCUGCACUGGAAGGUUGCUAUCCAAAAUGUUCUUCGGCCCAGCCUUAUUUGGAAGAAAGUACCAUGAAGUGUGUCACUAAGAAGGACUGUGGUUGCUACGAUGGAGAUGGAACUCAUUACAAUGAUGGAGAGGUUAUACCUUCUAAGGAGAACUGUCAGACAUGUCGUUGCUCAUCGACUGAGGUCAGAUGCAGCUAUGAUGUCCAAGCUUGCUAUUGUUUCUACGACGGCAGAACAUACCCGUAUGGAGCGACCAUAUAUCACACAUCUGACGGUGAUGGGACCUGUAUUACUGCCACCUGCAAAGAGAACGGAACUUUUGUCCGGAUUAUGAACCCCUGUCCCAGCACCCCAACUCCAACAACUACACCAAGUGUUACAACACAGAUAUCCACUCAAGCACCGACCACAUUUGUUUUCUCAACUCCUGCCACUACCCCAACCACAACCACAACCCCUACCACUACCCCAACAACAACCCCUACUGCUACCCCCACAACAACCCCUACCACCUUCACAACCCCUACAACUACCCCCACAACAACCAUUACAUUGACAACAACCCCUUCCACUACCCCCACAACAACCCCUACUUCACCAACACCCACUUCACCCACUACUACUCCACACUGCCUGACCAACACUGUCUGUGAUUGGUCAGACUGGAUUAGCAAAUACUAUCCCUCUGUUGGACCAGAAGGAGGAGAUUUUGAAACCAUAGAAAAUAUAAGGAAAUCUGGUAUUGAUAUUUGUAGCCAACCUAAGGAUGUAGAAUGCAGAGCCAAAGACAACAUCUAUGUUCCUUUGGCCGAACUAGGUCAAAAUGUUGAAUGCAAUCCCUCAGUUGGACUGAUAUGCCGCAACAAGGAUCAAGGCAUCCCACCAAUGUGCUACAACUACGAGAUCAGAGUCAGAUGUUGUGUUGAUGUUGUUGAUGUUUGUAGCAAUGGGACAACUACCACCUCAGAAAGGCCCACAACAACCAUUACAACAUCAUCAACUACCCCAACAACAACAACAGAAAGUCCAACAACAACAACUACCCCAACAACAAGAACAACAACAACCAUUACAACAGCAACUGCUACCACUACCCCAACAUCAAAACCAACCACUACCCCAACAACAACCACAACUACUUCAACAACUAAACCUACCACUACCCCAACAACAAAACCUUCCACUACCCCAACAACAACUCCUACCACUACCCCAACAACAACUCCUACCACUACCCCAACAACAGCUCCUACCACUACCCCAACAUCUACUACAACUACUUCAACAACAAUGACUACAACUACCCCAACAACUACCACAACUACAACUCCUACCACUACCCCAACAACUAGUCCUACCACUACCCCAACAACAACUCCUACCACUACCCCAACAACUACUACAGCUACUUCAACAACCACUCCUACCACUACCCCAACAACAAAUCUUACCACUACCCCAACAACAACUCCUACCACUACCCCAACAACAAAUCCUACCACUCCCCCAACAACAACUCCUACCAAUACCCCAACAACUACUUCAGCUGCUUCAACAACAACUCCUACCUCUACCCCAACAACUACUUCAGCUGCUUCAACAACCACUCCUACCUCUACCCCAACAACAACUCCUAACUCUACCCCAACAACAAUUCCUACCACUACCCCAACAACAACUCCUACCUCUACCCCAACAACAUCUCCUACCACUACCCCAACAACUAGUCCUACCACUACCCCAACAACAACUCCUACCACUACCCCAACAACUACUACAGCUACUUCAACAACAACUCCUACCUCUACCCCAAUAACAUUUCCUACCACUACCCCAACAACAAAUCCUACCACUACCCCAACAACAACUACUACCACUUCCCCAACAACAUCUCCUACCACUACCCCAACAACAACUCCUACCACUACCCUAACAACUACUUCAGCUGCUUCAACAACCACUCCUACCUCUACCCCAACAACAACUCCUAACUCUACCCCAACUACAACUGCUACCUCUACCCCAACAACAACUCCUACCUCUACCCCAACAACAUCUCCUACCACUACACCAACAUCAACUCCUAACUCUACCCCAACUACAACUGCUACCUCUACCCCAACAACAACUGCUACCUCUACCCCAACAACAACUCCUACCACUACACCAACAACAACUCCUACCACUACCCCAACAACAACCUUUACCACAACCCCAACGACCACCCCAACCACAAAUCCUACCACAUUAUGUUUUUGCCCAUAUGAAAAACAAUAUUUCCCUGCUGGUUCCUUGAUAUAUAAUGAGACUGAUGGGGCAGGCUGGUGUUUCACCUCCUACUGUAACUCAAGUUGUGGUGUUGAGAAACAAGCCAGACCAUGUCUCUCUACGACCCCAGCUACAGUCAGCACUGUCUCAGCUACAGUCAGCACUGUCUCAACUACAGUCAGCAAUGUCUCAACUACAGUCAGCAAUGUCUCAACUACAGUCAGCACUGACUCAACUACAGUCAGCACUGUCUCAACAACAACAGAAGCUACCCAUACUACAACAUCUACAUUGUCCCCGACUACACCUUACAAGGGCUGUGAAUAUGUCAUUCCACCAAGAAAGGAUGGUGAGACUUGGAAGACAGACAACUGCACUACUCAGACUUGCCACAGGGGUGUAAUAACCACAACGUUUGUGGUCUGUGAGUCUGUAGAAAAGCCUGUGUGUGAAAAUGGAUACCCACCAGUGAAAGUCUAUGACAAAUCAGGUUGCUGCUAUCACUACGAAUGUGAAUGUAUAUGCUACGGAUGGGGAGACCCUCAUUACGUCACAUUUGAUGGCCAAUAUUACAGUUUCCAGGAAAACUGCACCUACGUUUUGAUUAAAGAAAUAGUUCCUCGACAGAACUUCAGUGUCAUCAUCGACAACUAUAACUGCGAUCCGUCUGGACAUGCGACCUGCCCUCAGUCUCUGAUUGUCAAUUACAAGUCCUAUAAAAUCGUUCUCACCCCAAAGAGAUUAAACGUGACAACAAAUAUGGUUUACAUCAAUGGAAAUCAGAUCUUCCCAACCUUUUCUAAUGAAGACCUCAUGAUCACCAGCACUGGGGUGGAGUUACUGUUGAAGAUCCCUGCCAUUAAAGCAACAGUGAUGUUUAAAUCCCUUAUGUUCAGUGUAACCCUGCCAAACUCCCUAUUCUACAACAACACAGAGGGGCAGUGUGGUACCUGUGACAAUAUCAGGAAAAACGAUUGCAGAUUACCAAAUGGACAGAUUGACCCAUCAUGUCCUGGGAUGGCUCAUGAAUGGAAGAUUCCUGAUGUUAAAAAACCCUACUGUGAAUGGCAACCCCCUAACCCACCUACCACACCUACCCCUACGCCUCCAACCUGCCCGCCAGGAAAGACAUCAAUCUGUGACAUCAUACUUAGCCCGGUCUUUAAGCAAUGCCAUGACGUUAUCCCACAACAACCCUUCUUCGAGGCCUGUAAGUUUGAUGUCUGCCACAUGCCAAAUAUCUCAGUCGGCUGCUCCAGCCUGGAAGCCUACGCCGUGAGGUGUGCAGCAGCUGGAGUCUGUAUCGACUGGAGGAAAUCAACUAAUGGAACAUGUGAACUGACAUGCCCUAAGACCAAAGUUUAUAAGGCAUGUGGCUCUACUAUCCAGCCAACAUGCAAUUCAAGAUACAAUGAAAAAUAUGUGCAUUCAUGUCAGGGAGCACAAAUGACCCGUGACAUUGUAUGUGACUCAUUCAUGGAGGGCUGUUUCUGCCCUGAGGGUACCAUCUUGUUCAACACAUUCUCUGACACCUGUGUUCAUGACUGUGGAUGCACAGGACCUGAUGGAAAACCCAAACAGUUUGGUGAGACUUGGAACAGUAACUGCCAGAAGUGCACGUGUAAUGCUGACACACUGAGUGUCCAGUGUGAACCAGUGAAAUGUCCGGCCCAAGAAAUUGUUACCUGUAAGAAGUACGGUGAGGUGUUGGUCAACGAGACGGUGGACUGCUGUCAGAUAAAUACAUGUGUGGCCAAACCUGUUUGUGUCCACAACAAUACUGAAUACAUGCUUGGGAAGUUUUGGUCGCCCCCUAGUGACCACUGUGUGAAGUAUGAAUGCACGAAGACAAACAGCCAGUUCAUCGUUGUGGAAUCCAAAUUGAAAUGCCCAGUGUUCCGUCCAGAGGACUGUGUCCCAGGAACUGAGAAAACUGAUGCAAAUGGAUGUUGCACAACCUGCACUUUAAUCAGUCACUGUGAUGUGAAGAACACCACCACCUACCUAGAGGUGAAUAACUGCAGGUCCUCUGUGCCGGUGGAAAUGUCAGCCUGCGGGGGAUCCUGUGGAACGUCUUCUAUAUACUCUGCAGAGAAAAACACCCUGAUGCACUCCUGCUCCUGCUGUCAAGAGAUGUCUACCAGUGAGAGGAAGGUGGAGAUGGUCUGCCCUGAUGGGAAGAAGAUCAUGCAGUCCUACAUUUACAUUGAUAAGUGUGGCUGCCAUGACUCUGAGUGUGACAAGAACAACCACUUAGAUUAGGCCUUGACGAAUUAAGUCUUUUAAAAUGUUCUUAUUUACCUGCAUGGAAUAUUCAAUAUUUUUAUCUAAAGGGAACCAAUAGGGUCUGUCUCAUUAUCAUAUAGGCUACUUUCAUGAACUGUAUGUUCUUUCUCUCUACACUAUCAUAGACAUUAUGCAAACAUAUUAAACUGAUGAAGAAGCAUGAAGUCAUUAUCUUUCUUGUUUUAUUUCAUAUUGUCAAGUGCGUCAUUGUGUGACUAGUGUCGGGGAGAAUCGUUACAAACUAUAACACUUACAAGAAC